CUCCAGACAGAUGAAUAGCGAGUUGGGUACAGGAGAGAGGCAGAUUCCAGUUUUCCAGUUGAUCACCUUGUACAGAGAAGAACCCUUGAGAUCAAUGCUGGGAGAAAGAAGAGUAGUAGUGAAGGAGUCGAUGUGUGAUGCAGGGCAGGUCUGAGCCAAGGAGCCAAGGUGCAGAAGCUGUGGGCUGUCAAGGCCAAGCUCUGCUCCAAGAUGCACACCUCAGGGUUGGGAGCCUGGUCACCAAGGCACAAGGGGAUGCUCCUGGGUGCUGGGACUCGCUAGCCCAGGGUGUAACCCACCCAACGGUGGCCUCAGCUGGCUACCACCGACCACAUGAUCCCCAGCCACGGGCCAGAAGUCGGCACAACCAGGAACUGAACCUGCAAGGCAGGUCGGAUGUGGCCGCUGUGUUCAGGAAGGUACUGAGCGAGUCCGUGUGUUUCAUCCCUGUAACACCAGCAUGUUGUGCUGUUGAAAUGUUGACGGGGAGAAAGGAGAGGGUGAAGAGCUGAGUCACCCAGUGCUUCUCCCACAAACACCUGCCUUUCCCUGGAUUUUCCAGCUAAGUACUGAGGAACGGCAUUACUUGCAGGAUAUCCUGCUCGAAGGAAUGGCAGAGCAUCAGCUGUGCAGCAGCGAUGAGAAAGACUGACAUUUGUACGAGUCUCUCCUGGCUCCUUCUCCACAAUGGAUGGUGCCUCUACAUAUUCAUUGGAUGGUAAUGCAGGAUGUCGAGAGCAGCGGUAGAGUUUGGCUUGAUCCCACUGUGUUUUUCUUCUGCCGGUUGAGACUUUGAAUCACCAUGACAACGCUGUGACACUUCCAGGAAAGGUUGCCUGCAGACCAAGGGUGGGCUGGGGGUGGGUGAGAAGGUCAAUGAUUGAGUCUAACGGGAUCAAAAGUUGCGCCUGCAGCAAAACGACUGUAGAAAAGCCGUCAGCACGACAAGAAGAUGAAAUUCCCCUUCUAUUGGCUUCUCGUUAAGCAGGCACAAUAACAUUUUUUUUCAAGAGACUCGCUAUAAAAACUCUUUUGGUUAUGGCUACUGAUCCAACGUGAUUGGGCACGCAGCGACUUUUGAACUCAUGACUGGAUAUACGAUGUUGCGGAAUGGGGGAGUGGGGAACGGAGGCCAGCCGUGGGUGUUGAGAUGGUCCAGUCGGAUCCGGCUCACCUGGCUUAGUUUCACCCUCUUCAUUAUCCUCGUCUUCUUUCCCCUCAUUGCCCACUACUACCUAACCACCAUCGAUGAUGCGGAUGACGCCGGCAAGCGCAUCUUUGGCCCUCGGACUGGCAAUGAGCUGUGCGAGGUAAAGCAUGUGCAAGACCUGUGCCGCAUCCGCGAGUCAGUCAGCGAGGAGCUGCUCCAGCUGGAGGCCAAGCGGCAGGAGCUCAACAGUGAGAUCGCAAAGCUCAACUUGAAGAUUGAGGCCUGCAAAAAGAGCAUUGAAAAUGCCAAGCAGGACCUGCUGCAGUUGAAGAACGUCAUCAGCCAGACCGAGCAUUCCUACAAAGAGCUGAUGGCUCAGAACCAGCCCAAGCUCUCCUUGCCCAUCCGGCUGCUGCCAGACAAAGACGAUGCAACCUUCCCCCUGCCAAAAUCCAACCGGAACUGCAGGCUACACAACUGCUUUGACUACUCACGCUGCCCAUUGACAUCUGGCUUUCCAGUCUAUGUCUACAACAGUGAUGAUUACCCUUUUGGUAGUUCCUUAGACCCUUUAAUUAAACAAGCCUUUGAGGCAACUGUCAGAACUAACGUUUAUGUUACUGAAAAUGCAAAUAUUGCUUGUGUAUAUAUAAUUUUAGUGGGGGAAAUGCAAGAGCCUGUAAUGCCAAAACCUACUGAACUAGAGCAACAGUUGCACUCUUUGCCAUAUUGGAGGACUGAUGGACACAACCAUCUCAUCAUCAAUUUAUCAAGGAAAUCGGAAACUCAGAACUUCAUUUACAACAUCAGCACAGGGCGUGCCAUGAUUGCCCAGUCCACCUUUUAUGAUGUGCAGUAUCGACCAGGGUUUGAUAUUGUGGUAUCGCCUCUGGUCCACGCUAUGUCGGAACCCAAUUUCCUAGAAAUCCCGCCCCAGGUGCCAGUCAAGCGUAAAUAUCUGUUUAGUUUCCAGGGGGAGAAGAUCGAGUCUCUCAGAUCUAGCUUGCAAGAGGUUCGCUCUUUCGAAGAGGAAAUAGAAGGCAAUGCCCCAGCUGACUAUGACGAUCGGAUCAUUACCACCUUGAAGGCUGUUCAGGACAGCAAGUUGGACUUUGUUUUGGUGGAGUUCACAUGUAAGAACCAGCCUAAGGCGAGUCUGCCCACUGAGUGGGCUCUGUGUGGAGAAAGGGAUGACAGACUAGAGCUACUGAAGCUAUCUACUUUUGCACUGAUAAUCACCCCAGGGGACACCCAUUUAGUGAUCUCCGCUGGGUGUGCCAUGAGACUGUUUGAGGCUCUGGAAGUUGGAGCCAUCCCGGUGGUUCUCGGAGAGCAAGUUCAGCUACCCUAUAAUGAUGUGAUCCGGUGGAACGAGGCAGCCUUAAUUAUACCAAAGCCACGUAUCACAGAAGUGCACUUUCUUCUGAGAAGCAUUUCUGACAACGAUCUCCUUGCCAUGAGGAGGCAGGGCCGCUUCUUGUGGGAGACCUACUUCUCCACCUCUGACAACGUGUUCAGCACAGUCUUAGCUAUCAUAAGGACUCGAAUCCAAAUCCCAGCUGCUCCUAUCCGAGAAGAAACCGCUGUGGAGAUUCCCCAUCGGUCUGGCAAAGCUGCUGGUACAGACCCCAAUAUGGCAGACAACGGUGAUUUGGACUUGGGGCCUGUGGAAACAGAACCACCCUAUGCAUCUCCCAAAUAUCUCCGCAAUUUUACCCUCACUGCAAUGGACAUCUACAGAAAUUGGAAUUCUGCUCCGGGGCCUUUCCACCUCUUCCCCUACACUCCCUUUGACCCUGUUUUACCAUCAGAAGCAAAAUUUUUGGGGUCUGGGACUGGAUUUCGACCAAUUGGUGGAGGAGCAGGUGGUUCUGGGAAGGAGUUCCAGGCUGCUUUGGGUGGCAACGUCCCCCGGGAGCAGUUCACAGUAGUGAUGUUGACUUACGAGCGGGAGGAAGUGUUGAUGAACUCCCUAGAAAGACUCAAUGGUCUCCCAUACUUAAAUAAAGUUGUGGUAGUGUGGAACUCUCCCAAGCUUCCCUCUGAGGAUCUCUUGUGGCCAGACAUUGGCGUCCCAAUCAUGGUUGUCCGCACAGAGAAGAACAGCCUGAACAACCGGUUCCUGCCGUGGGAUGAGAUCGAGACGGAGGCCAUCCUGUCCAUUGAUGAUGAUGCUCACCUUCGCCACGAUGAGAUCAUGUUUGGGUUCCGUGUGUGGAGAGAGGCAAGGGACCGCAUCGUUGGCUUCCCAGGGCGCUACCACGCGUGGGACAUCCCCCAUCAGUCCUGGCUCUACAACUCUAACUACUCUUGCGAGCUCUCUAUGGUGCUCACUGGUGCUGCCUUCUUCCAUAAGUACUACGCCUACCUGUACUCCUACGUGAUGCCACAAGCCAUCCGCGACAUGGUGGAUGAGUACAUCAACUGCGAGGACAUCGCCAUGAAUUUCCUGGUCUCUCACCUGACAAGAAAACCUCCCAUAAAGGUGACCUCCCGCUGGACUUUCCGCUGCCCCGGGUGCCCCCAGGCGCUUUCGCACGAUGACUCUCACUUCCACGAGAGACACAAGUGCAUCAACUUCUUCGUCAAGGUGUACGGGUACAUGCCGCUCCUGUACACCCAGUUCCGCGUGGACUCGGUCCUCUUCAAGACCCGCCUGCCCCACGACAAGACAAAAUGCUUCAAGUUCAUCUAGAAGCGGGCGGCAGCCGGGCACCCUCGGCUCUCCGAACUUCAGCCGGAGGCGGGUGAGGGCAGAGGGUGGCUUUCUUGAUGGGGCUGUGAGUGCAAAACACCUUUUGCUAUUGACUCUGGCCUCCCUCCCGCAGAGCAAAAGGGACGUCCUGGAUUUGGACGGGCACGUUUCCCCCUCCCUUCCCGCUCUCCCCACAGCGACUCGACUGAGCGACAGGGAACAGGAUCUCACGGCUUCUGUAAAGACACUGCCUAGGAUCGUACACUGAGGAAUGGCAUGUUGGCUAGUAGCUCUGCCCCUUUGCUAGCCAAGGGCAGCCAUUCUUUUUAAUUAUAAUUAUUGUUAUUUAAAAUGAAAGUGUUUUAGAUUUGCCGCGUGAGGCUUUUUUUUUUUUUUCCUUUUCUAUUCUUUUUUCCCCCACUACCCACCCUGUUUUCUCCUCUGGACCCGUCUGCCCGCUCGAGGGGGACCAUAGCAAGGCAAGGUUGGAGGUGUUUGACUGCAGAGAGGUUAUUCCCAGUAUCAAGGCAGCUCCGCUCACCACUGUUGUCCCCAUCCUUUCUCCCGUGGGGCAGCCCUUCUCCUCCCCUCCCACAUACCGUGUCCUGGCUCGUCUUGCCCUGUGGCUACUACUGAGGACUUUCAGGUGUCGGCUGAUGACGAGCUCUUUGCUCUGCUCUGCUCACCACCCCGAGCCCUGCCCUUGGAGAGGGGCGAGCAGGGAAGAGGUUGGCCCCGGAGGGUCUUUCCCCAGCUCCCAGCACCGCACUGGGUCCCGUGUCACAGCCCUGGGGGAGUUUGGUUGCCGCGGUCUCGUUCUCGGUGUCCUUUUUCCAGCCCACGCGGCACACCGCAGGUGCUGCUAAACCUCUGAAGACAGGGAGCGCGUUUGGGGCUUGGGAGCGAUCCAUCUGCAGCACAGCAGGGGCUGGCAACGCCCCAGGCUCGUGCGUUCGAGCGGGCUGCCUUGGCCUGCGGUUUUCUACAGCCGCUGCAGCACCAAAGGCAGCUGCAAGAGCCCUGGAGAUCUGCUCCAGCAGCACCCCAAGAUCGGCUGCGCGAGCCUUUGCUGAUAAAAUAAACCUCUUCCCCAGAAGCAUCCAAGCGUGGACGCAGUCUGCUGAGAGCCAGCGCUUCGCGGUGCCUGGUCGCUGCAGGGGGAGCAGGCAGUAGUUCAGCUUUCAGUGCCGGUGCGAUGGGAGUCGGGAUAUCGGGGCCUUCUCUUGAGAUCGCUUCGCAUUUUUGCAGAGUGGCGGAAGGAGAAGACACUGAACCCUUAAUCUGUAUGCAGCUAAGCAGAGCCGAAGCAAAGUGCCAGCCCAGCCUGCCUGUGCCGGAGCUGGGGCUGCACCGUGGGCUGGAGUCCCUGCUCUGCCCCGUCCCCCAUCCCAGGACAAAACGUGCCCACGUCAGGUUUGCCCGUGGGCCUCAGCAUAACUGCCUUAAACCCCCAUCCCGUCCACACUCAUGCCCUGGCCUCGGGCUGCGUUCGAAGGUUAAUCCAGCCAAGACCUUUCCUUUGCGUGAACUGGGAGACGCUGCUGGGAUCGCCUUCACGGGGCUGUUUUCGGAGUCGAUGUCUUCCACCAAAGUGAAACGCUGUCACGUGUGAUCGCCCGACCUCUGCGCUCAACUUGCUGCUCUGUUCUCCUUCGAUCCCGGCCUGUAAGAAGAGGGAAGGACACAGGUUGCCCUCUCCUGUGUGAUGUUCUCCCUCAGUGUGUCCCAGAUGUUUAAGAGCAGCCUGGAGAAGCUCUUGCUGGGUAGAUGGCGAUUCACUUCAAUGUCCACGGUUUUCCUGGCCUGACUUCCACUGUGGCAGGUUGCAGCUCAGCAUCCCGGCACCCUGCAGCAGAAGGAUGUUACCGCCUGGUUGUGUCCCAAAAGAGGAGCGGGGAUGGUCCGUCAGCAGCUCCUGGGCUCACUUGUAAGGUCAGCCCUGUCCCCACUCCUCCCCUGCAGCCUGCACCACGUUUUGGGGUGUUACGUGGCCUCUCCAGCCGUGCUUCAGCCAGAUUUUCAUGUCAGCCCUGUGGGUGGGGGUCACCAACACUUGCUCCUUGGUAAGGCGAAGCAAAGGGGCAGCCCGUCCCCAGCAGAGCCGAUGGCUCGUGCCUUCACCAGCACUACAGACCGCACCGAAAUACGAUCGAGGUGUCUUUUCCUCUCUGUAUGUUUUUUUUUCCUUUCCACUCUCUUUUUGGUUUAACAUCAGGUGCUUGAAGCGGAGCAUGUGAAGGGUCAGUCUCUUGAGAAAUGCAACUGGAGACUCCUGUGAGGCCCCAAAACACCUGGAAGGAUGUUUUCUGCCCCUGCUCGGAGUGGAAACGUGGCAUUCUUCAGCAACUGCACCAGCUUCAGCAUCCCUGAGGGGCCUGACACUCCUCUGCUUUAAUUCUCCCCUCGUUAAUAGGUGGUUCGUUAGCAGCGAUGCGGUUGCUCACGUACAGCACAGGUCCCUGGUGUCAUCCAAGGGUGGAGGCAGGUCUGCCUUCCCCAGCCCUCUGCCCGCACGGCAGGAGUCAAAGGGGAGAAAGGACGGAUGCCGGCAGCUGUGGAUUGCACUUUAUAUAAACAGAGAUACGCUUCUCGGCAACUUGUUUUGAAAAAAACCUUAAGGGGAGUUUCAUUAUUUUGGUGAGAGACGGUAAUACAGGGAGCUUGGAAAAUGGGGAUGUGAUGUGAAGUAUUUGCAUUGGGGUUUGCUGUCUCAUUGCUUGGCUGCAGUCGGAGCUGGCAGCUGACCCAAGGUUGGGGGUUUCAUCCUUUCCGUUGGUGCGUUUCAGUUCAAGACCAGUAGAAAUGUAGAGAUCAGUGGUGGAAAUCCAAACUGUUCUUCUUCCCAGGCUCUUAACGUGCUCAACUCUUGCCUGAAGCGUUGUUUUUUUUGGAGGAUUGCCAGUGCUGUGGUAGCCAGGGGUCGGGUUUGAAGUGUCAUGGUUGUGCGGGGAGAGGCUGCGUGACGGGAUCGCUGUGCGGGUCGUGGGAUGGUUUCCUCCUUGCUGAGACCCCCCGAAGGGGGAGGAUUUGGGGGGUGAAGGGGUAAACGGGUGCUGCGAGUCGCUGAUGGCAGCUGCUUGGGGGGGACAUGCUGGGCAGCAGCAGUGUUGGGAGGGACGGGGUGCCGUAAAGAAACUAAAUGCCAGCGAGAGCAUCGCCUUCCCCACCUCCAGGGCUGGUGCUGUCCCUCCCGGUCCUCUGCUGCUGUGUCUCUUUCCAAAAUCUUCCCAAAUAGCCCCCAAAACCCUUCCGGAGUACAGACCCGUGAUUCACAACCCGACUUUCUGCUCCUGAAACAUCCCCGGAUCUGAGCUGUCCUCAGGCUUCCCUCCAGCAUCAGGGAGGAGAGGGGCAUUUCUGGAGAGCGGUCCAGCCCGUGCCACCGUCCCCAACAUCCUCCCUCGCUACCUGUCGCUCUCCUGUGGUUUUCAGGGGGUCCCAGGGUAACUCCGAAGCUCAGGUUAGGUUGUACGAUUCGUCCCAGCUCCAGCACAGAGCAGCCUGGGGCGCGUGAUCUCCGCCACCCCAGCCUCGGGGAGACGGGAAGGUCUCUCGGUGGUUGCACCUUUCCCAAGGAAAAGGCCUUUUCCCCUUUCCAACAUUUCUGCCGCUUCACCCAGCACCAGGGGUGGCAGGCGGCGGGUGCGGAGUGAGGUCUUUUUCACAUUUGCUGUAAAUAGCAUCGUCUGCGGUGACGCGGACCCCCCCGUACCCCAUUUGUGUCGCACAGCCCCUGCCCUCCCCUGCGCCGUGGUUGUGCUAACUGCUCUGUGAGCACCAGGUUUAAAAAUAAAAAAAAAAAAAGGCAAAAACCGAGAGAAAAGAAACACUCCUUCAACACGAGCACAAUGUUGAGUUUUUUUGUAAAAGGAUCCAAUAAAUGGAGAGUUUAACUUGA